AUUUCUGAGUUGUCUUUACCAGUGUACAGCGGAUACCUCCUUUAUUCGCGUGGUUGUAAGUGAUGUUAUACCUACAAGAAAAUGGACGCAAUACAAACUUCUAGGAGCGGCAAUCGCAGGGUAAAACCAUACUCUUUGACUGUGAAGACAUACUCUGCGUCUGGGAAACUUAGUAGGAAAAAUAUUUCUCUCUCUCCUAAUGUUGUUCUUCCCAUUCGCACGAUCGAUACAUUUGAAGGCUUUCAAGAAAACCUUAACGAAGGUACAAAUAAUUUACGUGGAACUGGAUCUCGAUAUGAAAGGAGGAGAGUGAAUGAAAACGAAUCCUGGAAGUGUUUGCAAGAUAAUUUAGUAAAGUCGUACAUCGAAAAUUGUGCCAUGUUGCCAGGACAACUCUGCGUAAAAUGUGUAGAAGAUGGGAUACCAGCAAAGAAAGCAGAAAUUGGAUGUCGUGAUUGCAGUCACGGACAGUUCUACUGUUUUGAGUGUGCGGAAUCCCUUCAUCGAACGAGGAAUGUUUUCCAUUUGGUUGAAGUAUGGAAGACUGAUUGUGAAAUGUUUGUUCCAUUACUUAUUGGUGGUAUAUUACGUGACAGUCAGCAUGCUAACUGCUCUUCAACACAAUCACAUACUAUAAUAUGUGUGGAUUGAAAGGUACAGUAUGGC